CUGUAUCACAGCUUUAUAUUUCUGUGAGAUAUAUUCUCAGUUUCUCUGGUAAAUUAGGGCUUUAGCAAUCUCAGGGCUGUGUUUCGCAGCAUACAACCCUCACUGGAGUACCAUCUUUCACCCAUGUCAAAAGACAUAUAAAACUACAGGCCUCUGCUAAAACAUUUUCUUCUUGUCUUCCAUAACCUCGCUGACUUUUUCAAUUGAUCGAUAUUAAUUCAGUCACUCCGAAUUCAUUCAUUCGUAAAAAUGGAACCAUUCAACAGUCUCUUGUCCGUCUUGCUCUCGGUAUUCGCAUGUUUCGGGCCCCAAAAAGAAGAAGAGAGCUCCAGAGCUGCACCUCACCUAGGGUCCGUUGUGACCCUGAUGUGCGCCUCACAGUUAGAGGAGAUACCGGGACUGCGCUCAUCCCCAGGAUCUGCCCCUGACAGUCUCCGCAUCGUCGGGGAAGACACACCAACGGACUGCGAAAAUUUAGAGACAUGGUACCGCAUCCAGCGGACGAUUCGAAGCCCAGCUGAAGCUCCAGACUCGGGAUAUGAUACUAGAGAAACGCGAUCCGAAGGCUACAGAAUCUCGAGAACUGAGAUAAUUAAGUCUCCCAUCGGGUUGGAACUUCUAGCGGACUGGCUGCGAAUAGAUAAGGAGGCUUCAAACAAGGAGAAAAGGAAGGCGCUCAUUGGAGAAUUGCAGGAGAGUUAUCUCAACGAACGGUCUCAUGUCCGUGCUCUUGCUGCUCAACAAGGAUUGCCUUUGGAUGAUAUUCAUGCUUGGUUCAUGAAUAGGGUACGGGAGCUGGAGGCGAUUAGUUUUGGCGGAGAGCUGAGCCGGAAAACUACAUAAAACUUUCUAAAUAUGCCAUCAAUAUGUUACUUGGAGCUUUAUACUUUGGUUUUAGGCUCAUACGUCGUUGAUAAAAUAGCUAUAUCAUGUUACAUUUCCUCCCCGC